AUGUUCUGCCUUCCACCGCUCUCAAUUUUCUCGUUUUGGUCUCGGUGGCUUGCAUUUAUGAAUGACAAGCCUUCAUUGGAGGAUGACCUUGUUAGUGUCCCUGAUCCGAUGGACUGGCUUAAGCAUUUGUCUGACUGUGUACAGGAAGAAGGCAUUGCUGAAAUUGGCGUUCUUGAGAAAGUCGAGAUUGAAACACUUCCUGCCAAGUAUGAGGGCGAUCAUACUGCCUCUUUUUGGCUACACCCCCGGAGAUUACAAGAUGUUCCUAGAAUAGAUGGCUUUUACAAAGCUACUGUGCGCUAUGAUAGCAAAGAGUAUAAGGUUGAGAGAUAUGGACAAAUCCCGUGGUCUGCCAAAGGAAGUCUCCCGGUCUCCAUUCCAUAUGCGGAGGCGAAGACUUUGAUUCCUGACCUUCCUGAACUUCCGCCAAACAUUUUUGCCGCUAUUUUCAAUUCCCUGAUCAGGAGAUGA